AUGCCUGUUCUAGAUGGACUACGGUAUGGGGAGCCAGUCGAUGGCAGCCCAAGUACCAACAAUGUUCAACGCCAAAAGAUUGUAAUAGUUGGACUGGGAAUGGUGGCGGUCUCACUCAUUGAGAAAAUUAUCAAGCAGGAUACAGAAAGAAUAUACGACAUUGUCGUCAUUGGUGAAGAGUCCCACGUAGCAUACAACCGUGUUGGACUAUCGUCGUUUUUCGAACAUCGCAAAAUUGAGGAUCUAUACCUCAAUCCAACGGAAUGGUAUGACUCGUUUAAAGAACGAGCCUUCGAUCACCACCUCAACACACGAGUAACAGCUAUCAACCCCACGGAGAAAACCGUUCAUACCUCCACCGGUGUCUCAUUAUCUUAUGACAUCCUCGUCCUUGCAACUGGCUCCGAUGCCACCCUCCCAACACAUACCCCCGGCUACGAUGCCAAAGGCGUCUUCGUAUAUCGAACUAUCUCGGAUCUGGAACGCCUCAUCGACUUUGCAGCUCAGCAUAAAGGCGAAACAGCUGUUACAGUCGGAGGUGGACUGCUGGGCUUGGAAGCUGCCAAGGCCAUGACAGAUCUAGAAGACUUUGGAAAUGUCAAAUUAAUUGAUCGAAAUAAAUGGGUGCUAGCUCGACAGCUGGAUGGAGAUGCGGGAAUGCUGGUCACUCGCAAGAUCCGGGAGUUGGGACUUGAUGUUCUACACCAGAAACAGGUGAAGAUUGUUCAUACCGACGAAGGAAAUAAUGUAGUUGGCAUUACAUUCGAGGAUGGUGAGAGGAUUGAUUGUUGCUGCAUUUGCUUUGCGAUUGGAGUACAACCUCGAGAUGAACUGGGUCGAGAUAUUGGAAUCCAGUGUGGUACUCGGGGCGGAUUUGUGAUCGAUGAAAGUCUUCAAACCUCAAUCCCAAAUAUCUACGCCGUCGGAGAAUGCGCAAGCUGGGAGAACCAGACAUUUGGAAUUAUUGCUCCCGGUAUUGAGAUGGCCGAUGUGCUCGCUUUCAAUCUGACAAACCCAGACAAACCGCCCCGGAGUUUCACGCGGCCAGAUCUCAGCACAAAGCUAAAGCUACUCGGAGUCGACGUCGCUAGUUUCGGUGACUUCUUCGCCGACAGAGACGGACCGAAGUUCCUUCCAGGUCGUCGACCCCCCACUGAUUCUGGCCUGGCAGAGGAUGCUUCACGAGAGGAACCUCCUGUCAAGGCUUUGACAUAUAAGGAUCCAUUCAGUGGGGUGUACAAGAAAUAUCUGUUCACCAUGGACGGCAAGUUCUUGCUUGGCGGCAUGAUGAUUGGAGAUACCAAGGAUUAUCUGAAGUUAAACCAGAUGGUCAAACUCCAGAAAGAACUUGAUGUUCCUCCUAGUCAAUUUAUCCUCGGUGCCCAGAACGGCGGAGAAGAAAAUGCAGAUGACCUUGAUGACAGCACCCAGAUCUGUUCAUGCCACAAUGUCACCAAGGGAGACGUGGUCGACAAUGUGAAGAAUGGUACAUGCACAACCAUUGCACAAGUCAAGUCAUGCACAAAAGCAGGGACAGGCUGUGGUGGCUGCAUGCCUCUCGUUCAAUCAAUCUUCAACAAAACAAUGCUCGAAAUGGGACAAGAAGUAUCAAACAACUUGUGCUCACAUAUCCCCUACUCCCGCGCCGAUCUAUAUAACAUCGUUGCUAUUAAGCAACUGAAAACCUUCGUCGAUAUCAUGAAAGAUGUUGGAAAGAACCCAGAUUCCCUCGGUUGCGAACUUUGUAAGCCCGCAAUUGCAUCGAUUCUGUCCAGUCUGUUCAAUCCGCACAUCAUGGACAAGGGCUUCAACGAUUUGCAGGAGACAAACGACAAAUUCCUCGCUAAUAUCCAAAGAAAUGGCACAUUCUCUGUGGUACCCCGAAUCCCAGGUGGUGAAAUCACAGCCGAUAAGCUCAUUGCUAUUGGAUCCGUGGCCAAGAAAUACGGUCUUUAUUGCAAAAUCACCGGUGCCCAGCGCAUCGACAUGUUCGGUGCGAAGAAGCAGGAUCUUCUGAACAUCUGGACAGAACUUGUGGAUGCGGGCAUGGAGAGUGGACACGCCUAUGCGAAGGCACUUCGAGCAAUUAAAAGUUGUGUUGGAACCACAUGGUGUCGUUUCGGUGUCGGUGACAGUGUCGGCAUGGCAAUUCGGUUGGAAGAGCGAUACAAGAGUAUCCGUGCGCCUCACAAGUUCAAAGGAGCUGUAUCUGGUUGCGUGCGAGAAUGUGCCGAAGCUCAAAACAAGGACUUCGGACUCAUCGCUACCGAAACCGGGUUCAACAUCUUCGUCGGAGGCAACGGAGGUGCAAAGCCUAGACACGCUGAGCUCCUUGUUACAGAUGUACCAGCGGAGAUGGUAAUGCCCAUAAUCGACCGUUACCUUAUCUUCUACAUUCGCACUGCCGACAAACUCCAGCGAACAGCACGAUGGAUCGAGAAUCUCCCCGGCGGAAUCAACUACCUCAAAGAAGUGAUCGUGGAUGAUAAACUCGGAAUCUGCGCCGACAUGGAAAGACAAAUGCACGAACUAGUCGAUAGCUAUUUCUGCGAGUGGACCGAGACCGUCAAAGACCCCAAGCGCCGAAAGGUCUUCCAACAAUUUGCAAACACAGACGAAACGGUCGACACAGUGGAAGUUAUCCAAGAGCGGUCCCAGCAACGACCCACAUACUGGCCGAAAGACUCUGCCGAGCGACAGGAUUUCAAAGGCCACAAGUGGUCGAGUGUCUCCUGGCAACCGGUUGUUCGAGCAGAUCAUUUCUCCGACGAGCCACCUCAGGUUUCAUCGGCGAAUGUCAAGCGCGGUGAUACUCAACUUGCUGUCUUUAAGAUCAAGGGCAAGUUCUAUGCGACGCAGCAGAUGUGUCCGCAUAAGCGAGCUUUCGUUCUGUCUGAUGGCCUUAUUGGUGAUGAUGAUGCUGGGAAAUAUUGGGUGUCAUGUCCUUAUCACAAGCGCAACUUUGAGCUCAACGGUGAGCAGGCGGGUCGGUGCUCUAAUGAUGAGAGUAUGAAUAUUGCUACAUUCCCUGUUGAGGAGAGGGAUGAUGGCUGGGUGUAUAUCAAACUCCCGCCAAUUGAGGAGUUGGAUUCGAUCUUGGGGACGGAAAAGUGGAAGGUGCGCAAAAGUGAGGCGGAGGAUCCGUUCCAUAAGGUUGAUAAGAAGUUCAAGGGGAUGAAGGGGAAGAAGAUUACGGAUGGUUUCCUGCCUACCCCUACGGUGCAGCCAGCAAAGUCGAUUGACUGGUAA